AUGUCCGCUGUCGCAGGACCUUCCUCGACCACAACCGGGCCCGGCCAGGCUACACUGACCGGACAGUCUUCCGACGCGAGGCCGUCCGGCGCAUCACCGCCAUCUUCGCUGUCCGGGAGCCUGCCCAGGGCACUGGGAUCUAACACUCAUGCAACAAUGUUAGCAAGCCUGUCGCCGUCGUCGCCUUCGUUUCCUCCGACGGGGGGUACCAAUACCACGACGGCAUCUUCGUCGUCGUGGUUUGGGCGAAGCAAUAACAACAACAACAGCUUGAGCUAUCAGCAUAACCAGAGCAUAGCGCCGUCGCAGCCCAGCCCGCGCGCUGUCCCCACGACGGCGUCCACGUCGGUCAUGACGACUGGCAGCACGCAUCAUCACCAGGGUCCCAUCUUGCAUCCAAACCUGCCUAGUCCGCCCUCGAGCCCCGAGCAGACGGCGCAGGCCCGUGCCGCCCUCGUGGGUACUAUUAGCAAUCUUCUGGAUACGGAGCUGCAGGGCCGGGCGAGUCUGCUGCAUGCCAACGCCAAGGCGCUGGAGAAGCAGGAGAGAGAUGUUGCCAAGGCUACUGAAGCCCUGCGCAAAGAAACCGACAAACUCGUCAAGGUGGUGAAGCAAGGCAGCGAAAAGGUGCGCGAGGCUGGCGACGUGCAAAACUGGGCCGAGGUGCUCGAGCGGGACUUUCUCGUCCUAGAGGACACUCUGCGCCGCGUCCGGAGGGGCAGCGGCGGCUGCAGCGACCCAGACUGCAGCGGCUGUUCGUGCUCUGGAGGCUCCGGGAGCAGCUGGAGCGGAUCGCGCACGCCGAGCCGGCGGGGCAUUUUCGACGAGGCCGAGGACGGGGAUAGGGACGGGGCGCUGGGAAAGGGCAAGGGCGUGGAGGAUGUAGUGGCGCCAUCGUCGGAUGGGGAAUCCGGCAUCAAGGUCCUCCCCGACGGCGGCGCGGGCGAGGAAGUCAAGGCGGCCGGGGAUCAGCAGGAGGGUUCGUUUGCGUCCGUGACCAACGCCAUUGCCGCCAGUAUCAGUGAGGCCAUGGCGACGAGCAUUGAUGAUCGACCGUCCUUGCCUUCGGCCUCGUCGGCCACGGGGUCUGGAUCUGUACUCCCGUCUGGGUCCACGACGGUCGUGGCCGAUGUCCACGACCACAAGGGCAAGGGAGUCUUUUCUACGGGUGACGUGACGGCUAGCUCAUCAUCAUUCAUGGAGCUGGAUGGUGAUUGCGAGGACGAACGUCGGAAGGAGGACGACUUUGCAGCAUCGCCGUCGUUGGAAGAUAGGGACAUUGCAGGUUUUGCGGGACUUGCGUUGCAGGCUGAGCAAGAAGACGGCGUAUUCCACCAACUCGGGGGAGAGGCUCAGGCGGCACCCGAGAUCGCUGAGCACGAUCCGCACGCCAUAGAGCCGGCGUGCUCUGAAGGCUCAAACGGGGUCGAAGACAAGAUGGACAUUGAUGUGCCGUCUGUUGUGACCAGUCUUGGUACAGAAGGUGAGCCACAUUCUUCUGCGCAAGGCAAGGAUGAUUCAGCCAAGAGCGAGGAGAGAACGGGAAUAUAA